UGAAGUUCAGACCGGAAAUCCUAGCCUUUAGUUAGCUGGCGUGUUUUUUAGACAUAAAGCAAACAUACUAAACAACAUAGACUGAUUGAAAUGGCCGGAACGGCUUCAGUAGCUGGUGAAGUGUUCGUCGAUGCUUUGCCAUAUUUUGACCAAGGUUACGAUGCAGCAGGUGUCAGAGAAGCGGCUGCAGCGUUGGUGGAGGAGGAGACCAGAAGAUACAGACCUACCAAGAACUACCUGAGCUACUUGCCUACACCUGACUUCUCUACUUUUGAGACAGAAAUUAUGAGGAAUGAAUUUGAGCGGCUGGCGGCUCGGCAGCCCAUGGAUCUCCUGAGCAUGAAGAGAUAUGAGCUGCCAGCGCCCUCAUCAGGACAGAAGAACGACAUUACAGCGUGGCAGGAGUGCGUGAACAACUCGAUGGCUCAGCUAGAGCACCAGGCAGUCCGCAUUGAGAACCUGGAGCUCAUGUCACAGUAUGGAACCAACGCAUGGAAAGUCUAUAACGAUAACCUGGCCUUCAUGAUUGAGAUGGCCCAAAAGGAACUUCAGAAAUUCAGGAAGCAAAUUCAAGAUUUAAACUGGCAACGCAAAAAUGAUCAGUUAGCAGGAGGAGCCAAACUACGAGAGCUGGAGUCAAACUGGGUGUCUCUGGUCAGUAAAAACUAUGAGAUCGAGCGGGCCAUCAUCCAGCUGGAGAAUGAAGUUUCUUUGCUCAGGCAACAGCAGGGGGACGAGAACAAGGAGAACAUCCGACAGGACUUCUAGAGCACCAGCAUAUAGCUCGUACCCCCACUGAUCUACAAACUAACGAUGCCUCAGACAGACAGAUUUCUUGUUUCAAACCGCUAACUGGACUAAGAAGCAACCUGAGGAGGGAAAGUUACCUGUAUGGAGUGGAUUGGCUAGUUGGUUUCAGUCUUUCUACCAACACAGGAGUGUUUUUAGAAUUAAGUGUACAUAAUUUGUCAAGACAAAAUGAUCCCUGAGCCUGACCUUGAUUGAUGUAAUUUUUUAUGCUUGUAAUAAAAAACAUUUGUCAUA